UUUGGAUUGUGGGGGUAAUAUAACACCAAGUUUGGAUUGUGGGGGUGAUGUAACACCAAGUUUGGAUUGUGGGGGUGAUGUAACACCAAGUUUGGAUUGUGGGGGUAAUUAUGUAACACCAAGUUUGGAUUGUGGGGGUGAUGUAACACCAAGUUUGGAUUGUGGGGGUGAUGUAACACAAAGUUUGGAUUGUGGGGGUAAUGUAACACCAAGUUUGGAUUGUGGGGGUGAUGUAACACAAAGUUUGGAUUGUGGGGGUAAUGUAAAACCAAGUUUGGAUUGUGGGGGUAAUGUAACACAAAGUUUGGAUUGUGGGGGUGAUGUAACACCAAGUUUGGAUUGUGGGGGUGAUGUAACACCAAGUUUGGAUUGUGGGAGUGAUGUAACACCAAGUUUGGAUUGUGGGGGUAAUUAUGUAACACCAAGUUUGGAUUGUGGGGGUGAUGUAACACCAAGUUUGGAUUGUGGGGGUGAUGUAACACAAAGUUUGGAUUGUGGGGGUACUGUAACACCAAGUUUGGAUUGUGGGGGUGAUGUAACACAAAGUUUGGAUUGUGGGGGUAAUGUAAAACCAAGUUUGGAUUGUGGGGGUAAUGUAACACAAAGUUUGGAUUGUGGGGGUGAUGUAACACCAAGUUUGGAUUGUGGGGGUAAUGUAACACCAAGUUUGGAUUGUGGGGGUAAUGUAACACCAAGUUUGGAUUGUGGAGGUGAUUUAACACCAAGUUUGGAUUGUGGCAGUAAUAUAACACAAAGUUUGGAUUGUGGGGGUAAUGUAAAACUAAGUUUGGAUUGUGGGGGUAAUGUAACACAAAGUUUGGAUUGUGGGGGUGAUGUAACACCAAGUUUGGAUUGUGGGGGUAAUGUAACACCAAGUUUGGAUUGUGGGGGUAAUGUAACACCAAGUUUGGAUUGUGGGGGUGAUGUAACACCAAGUUUGGAUUGUGGGAGUAAUGUAACACAAAGUUUGGAUUGUGGGG